AUGGCGUCGGAACUGGAUGUGCCCAUACUCAAACCCUUGCAGAAAUCUGUAUCUCCACGCCCAAGCCAAGAAUCCUUGGCUAUUGACGAGAAGGAUUUACCUCCAAACCCAUCGCAGUGGAGGCCAUCAUUCCAUUUCUCAGCCCCCGGGUGGCUGAAUGACCCCUGUGGCCUGGGAUAUGACCCGGCAACGAGAUUGUAUCAUCUUUGCUUUCAAUGGAACCCCCACGGUAACGACUGGGGCAAUAUCUCCUGGGGCCAUGCCACAUCCCCAGACAUGAUAUCAUGGACGCCAUAUCUGGAUCCCAUAUUGGCUCCGUCCGCCGAAUAUGACUGUCGCGGUGUCUUCACUGGAUGCUUACGAGCAACCGAUGUUUCCGGUACCCCCGGUGCGCUCACAAUCUUGUAUACAUCCGUGAGGCACCUCCCAAUCCACCACACGCUCCAGUAUACAUACGGGAGCGAAUCACUCAGUCUAGCCGUCUCCCGGGAUGGUGGCAGGAGGUGGGAGCGUCAGGCCUGCAACCCCAUCAUCGCAGGCCCUCCUUCCCAUCUUGAUGUAACAGGGUGGAGAGAUCCCUGCAUCACGACUUGGGCAGAGGGGCCUGCCCCCGAUCCAUCAACCCUCUAUGGGUUUAUUUCCGGAGGAAUUUCCAAGAAAACACCCACUGUAUUCGUCUAUAAGAUUGAUCCCACCGACCUUCGCAAAUGGGAAUUCAUCGGUCCGUUAGUCAACACAGGUCUCAAUCUGCGGCCUUCACGCUGGUCUGGAGACCUCGGUGUGAACUGGGAAGUAGCCAAUCUCAUGACACUGAGUAACGAGAUCGCAUCGCGCGACUUUGUCAUAAUGGGGGCUGAGGGAUGUCUACCGUUGGACAAAGUGGGCGAGGAUGAUGACCAGGAAGCCCGCCGGAAGCGAGAAGCUCGAGGUCAGCUUUGGAUGUCUGUCAAAUCAGCCUCUGAAACGACCUCGGAUGUUCUGGCUUCAUAUGCAUUCUCCGGCAUCUUUGACCAUGGCUGCUUCUACGCCGCCAACUCCUUUUACGACACGCAAACCGCACAGCAGAUCGUCUAUGGUUGGAUCACAGAAGAGGAUUUAUCUGAUUCUCUUCGUCACCGACAAGGAUUCAGCGGGUUGAUCUCGCUACCCCGUGUCGUGAGAUUGAUGACAUUGGAGCGUGUCGCCAGAGCGCGUAGCUCGCCUUUGAGCGCUAUUACCUCGAUCGAGGCAGUUCCUGACGCCGACCUCUUCACUAUUCAUACCAUGAGGAUUAGCCCGGACAGCCGACUCCAGCGUCUACGGAACAAUGCUCAGAGGAGCCACAGAGAUCGCGAGACCCUGUCUGCAUCCAAGUGCAAGGCUGGUGCUUCCAUGACAUCUCGGUGGGAAAUCACUGCGGAAUUCUCCGUCGGUCAAUCAUGUUCUCAAGUGGGCAUUAGAAUCCCGCACACUGCUGAUGGCCAAAAUUGCACAACUCUUUCCUGGCACCCAUGCAGCGAGACCUUCACGACCUACCGACCCAAGACCGAGAACACUGAAGUCAACCAGGGCUAUGAAACAGCACCGCAUACACUCUUCACCUUCUCAGAAAAUGGCGAAGACAUCGAAGAGACUCUCAAAGUACAUGCGUUCUUUGAUUCGAGCGUGUUGGAGGUGUUUGUCAACGAGAGAACUGUGAUUUCAACACGUAUUUACCAUUCAUCCGACACUUGUUUCGAGCCGAUUUUCUUUGCAGAGACUACAAACCCAACCACCGAACCUGCAGUGCUUUUACAAGCGGAUAUCUGGGAUGGCCUUGAUGUAUGA